GGAAGCGGGGCAGUGGCCGGGCCGGUGCGGGCGGACCUAGCAGCCAGCGAUUUCUCCCGCGGCGGCGGCGGCUUCUGGGCUCGCGGGGCGCGCUCUGACCCUUCCUCUCCGGGCAGGCUCGGGGGCGCGCGCUGUCGGCGUCCUGGGACCUCGAACUCCAGGGCCUUGAGUGGACAGGCCGCGGAGCUCCCACCCCUGCCCCGAGUGUGAGUCCGCCGAGACCGGGCCGCCGCCAAGCGCCGGUGCCCCAGCCUCGGAAGAACAGCCAAGCGGGUAAUGUCCUGCUUGACCUGGCAUCCAACCUCAUCUCUUAGAAGCCCUCCCUCUUGCCCUUCAUUUUCAGGAUGCUUUUUUAAGGAAUUAUUGAAGACAAAGUUUUUAUUUUUGUUCUUAAUGGCUUUACAGAAUUUUAAACCGAAUACAAUUUGACAUGACGGCAAAAAAUGAGCUCUCUGAGUUUUUCGUACAUGUACGAAUUAACCCCAUUUUGCAGCUGCUGUUCCAAGAUCACCCUGCUUGUGAAUGGUUGGUUUGAGUUCCACAAAUGCAGAAUUAAGAGGAUUUACAGAUCAGAAUCUCAGUCCGACAAAAGGUAACAUUUCAUUGGUUGCUUUUCCAGUUUCCAGCACCAACUCACCAACAAAGAUUUUACCAAAAACCCUAGGACCAAUAAAUGUGAAUGUUGGACCCCAAAUGAUUAUAAGCACACCACAGAGACUGACCAGUUCAGGAAGUGUUCUGAUUGGGAGUCCAUACACCCCAGCACCAGCAAUGGUCACUCAGACACACAUAGCGGAAGCUACUGGCUGGGUUCCAGGUGAUAGAAAACGGGCUAGAGAAUUUAUAGACUCUGAUUUUUCAGAAAGUAAACGAAGCAAAAAAGGAGAUAAAAAUGGAAAAGGCUUGAGACAUUUUUCAAUGAAAGUGUGUGAGAAAGUUCAGCGGAAAGGCACAACGUCAUAUAAUGAAGUAGCUGAUGAGCUGGUAUCAGAGUUCACCAAUUCAAAUAACCAUUUGGCAGCUGAUUCGCAGGCUUAUGACCAGAAGAACAUUAGGCGAAGAGUUUAUGAUGCUUUAAAUGUGCUAAUGGCAAUGAACAUAAUAUCAAAAGAAAAAAAAGAAAUCAAGUGGAUUGGCCUGCCUACCAAUUCUGCUCAGGAGUGUCAAAACCUGGAGAUAGAGAAGCAGAGGCGGAUAGAACGGAUAAAGCAGAAGCGGGCCCAGCUGCAAGAGCUUCUCCUGCAGCAAAUCGCUUUCAAAAACCUGGUACAGAGAAAUCGGCAAAAUGAACAGCAGAACCAGGGCCCGCCAGCUCUGAACUCCACCAUUCAGCUGCCGUUUAUAAUCAUCAACACGAGCAGGAAAACAGUCAUAGACUGCAGCAUCUCCAGUGACAAGUUUGAAUAUCUCUUCAAUUUUGACAACACCUUUGAGAUCCAUGACGACAUCGAAGUACUGAAGCGGAUGGGAAUGUCCUUUGGCCUGGAGUCAGGCAAAUGUUCUCUGGAGGAUCUGAAACGUGCUAAAUCCCUGGUGCCAAAGGCGUUAGAAGGUUAUAUCACAGAUAUCUCCACAGGACCGUCAUGGUUAAACCAGGGGCUGCUUUUGAACUCUACCCAGUCAGUUUCAAGUUUAGACCUGACCACUGGUGCCACCUUAUCCCAGUCAAGCGUAACCCAGGGGUUCUGCUUGGAUGCUGAAGUGGCCUUAGCAACGGGGCAGAUCCUUGCCCCAAACAGUCACCAGUCCAGCAGCGCGGCCUCUCACUGCUCCGAGUCCCGCGGGGAGACGCCCUGCUCGCUCAACGACGAAGAUGAGGAGGAAGAGGAGGAGGACUCCUCCUCCCCAGAAUAAAGACAGGACGAAACCCACGUUUUCCUAUUGAUGCUCA